AUGACCAAAGAUACCUUUUACGUGUGCCUGGAGCGCUCUUAUGACAACGACCCCGUCAUGAUAAGUUGCAUUAUUGGCCCGGAAUUGACAAUAAAAGUCUGCUCCAUUGGCACUGUGAUAAAUCGCAUCGCUUACGCGGCCGACUACUGUCAGCUGGAGGGUACUUCCGGACGUCAAACACAACCGAUGCCCAUACGUUGGAUGGCCUGGGAGAGUGUACUGCUGGGCAAAUUCACAUCGAAAUCGGAUGUUUGGUCCUUUGCAGUAACGCUUUGGGAGAUAUUAACUUUUGCACGCGAACAACCCUACGAACAUUUAUCGGAUGAGAAGGUGAUUGAGAAUAUCGGACAUAUCUAUGCGGAUGAUAAGUUGCAUGAACUACUGCCGAUGCCACUAAAUUGUCCGCGUGAAAUUUACGAUUUAAUGUGCGAGUGCUGGCAGCGCAACGAAUCGAGUCGACCGAAUUUCCGUGAGAUUCAUCUAUUUCUACAGCGUAAAAAUUUGGGCUUCAAGCCCAACAACACAAUGCAUUACUAAAGUGGUGUUGUGUUCAAAAAAACAAAAAACCAACGAUUUAUAAAACUGCUAGUGAACUUUCUAAAGUAAAAACGAAAAAAACAUGUAAAGAAUUGUCUGCAUAAAAUCACAAUGAUUGGCGCCGCCUGCAUGGCCGUGAAUACUUAGUAUUUGAAUUAAAGAUUAUAAAUUUAAUUUAUAAGUAAAGCAAAACUCGGCGAAUUUAACACUUAAAGGCAUAGUAGUAUGUAGCAAGAGCUACAGUGUGUGUGAAAAAAACGCAAACCUUUUGUUUAAUCACUAGAUAAGUAACUAAAUAAGUAGGUGCAUAAUUUAUAUAUAAUAAUAUAUAUAUAAUUUAUAAACAAACUUGUAUUUAUAGAUAUGUAAUUAAUUAUUUUACGCUCAGCAGCUGAUAUUCAUUGAAGAGACGAAUAACGAUUACGAGGUUAUGUAAAGUUUUCUUUUAUUUUUUUUUUUAUGAAAUUGGUUUUUGUCUGAAAAAGGUUUACACUUACUUGCAGAAAACUAAAAUGUGUGCCAUAUUUUCAUGAGGAUUCAAUGAAACUUGAUUUGGCUCUGGAAUAAAUAUUUACUUCAAUCUAAAAAGCUAUACGUUUGAGUAAAAAAAAUUAAAAAAAAAAAACAAAUUUCACAAUCUACUAGGCUUCUAUCCAAAAGUAAAUCAAACUAGUUUUCAUCGAUAAUAAGGGGGCGCAUUCCGAAGGACCAUUUAUCGAGAGCGCAACAUGCUUAUUGCAGAGGCAAGUCAGUAGAUACUGCCGCGCACACUAUCGUGUCAUGUUUUGAGGAAGCCAUUAAGGUUAAGGAAUUCGCUGUUGGGACCUUCUUUGAUAUAGGUAAAGCUUGCUCUGGAGGAUCUUCGGGUUGAAUCCACACAUUUUCAGUCUUCUGUAUGACAGAGUGAUUGAAACGAAGGAGGAAACGCACGUGCUCGACGAAAUGUGAAUAGGCGGAGUUCUCUCUCCUCUUCUUUGGAUCUUGGUUGUUAACGACUUGUCUAAAAAACUUAAAAAUCGUAGCUGCAGGAUGAUUGCCUAUAUAUACGAUCUCGCCAGCAACCCAAAUGAAACGAAGAUGGGUUUUUUCACUAAAAGAUACAAGAUACCGGCAUUACCGUUGCCGGAAAUGGGAGACAUCCGUCUGCAACCAGAGGAUACAAUGAAAUAUCUUGGGCUGACCCUGGAUAGGAAGCUUUCAUGGAAGCCGAAUAUCGAA